GCUCCAGCUUGCCUGCGACCCUGUAGAACAGGAUAAAGUGGCUAGAGAUGAUGAUGAGACUUUAACUUCACUACAUUUGAAAGACAAAUAUCGUACUUUUUACUCCACUACAUUUCUAUCAAGGUCGUUGUUACUCGUUACUUUGAAGCAGCUUUGAAAACGGAUGCUUUUUUUCAUUUCUUUUCUAAAACGUGAUUGGUUUUUCGCAGGUGACACUGAGACAGCCGAUCAGUAAUCACUAGGGUCACGUCACAUCUAUAGACUAUAAAAUCAAGUUCAGUGAUUUCUCAGCAGCAUUAUUUGACACAAUCAGUUGAUGGCAGAAUGGAAGGAGGCGGUUCUUCUGAAGAAUGCACGCACCUAUGGUUUUACCCUGAGCCCAUGUUUCAGUUUUCUGAAAGGAAUAAAGAGUCGUUUCGUUUUAAACGUUUGCUUUGUUUGCCUAAAACGGAGCACAUCACGGCCGAGAAAAACUCGCCGUCCGACCUGCGGAAGCAUAUUGAAGGAUGUAAACGUUUUAUUCCAAGAGAAAGCUUGCAAUGAAGUUGUCUGUGCUUUUAGAGCUAGCGAUAACAUUGCAAUAGCUAUGCAGGCUGGUUAGUCAAAUGACUUUCUAUAGAUGAUUUGCCCACCAAGUUGCCAUCGCCUUGUCCACAGCUAACGUUAACACGUAGCUAGUUAACUGUUAGUUAGCAUGUAAAAACGGAGUUACAGUAACAUGAAUAACGUUAGCUUAUCUGAAGUCCUUUCAGAAAUGCUUUAGCAUAAUCCUGCCAAAUAAACAAAAUGUAGAAAUCUUUCUUUUCUACUAAUGUUAGCUACCCAGUAUGAGUUUGAGUUUGAAAAGAUUUUGCUAGCAGGCCAGGUGGAGCUUUACUGACUAGCUAGCUUAACAUUAAACUGCCAUGAUUCCAGAGACAGAUUCAUAUGUGCAUGAAUACAUACACUUGCGUGCUCACGAGACCUGUGAGAUGGACAGUAUUGUACUAGUCGGUCACAAUUGUUGGAAUAUUUUGUUUUGAUGUCAGAUGAUGGUCUUGCACUUUUUUUGUUGUGCUACCGUGCUGCUUUGUGGGGGUGGGGAGGAGUGUUACAAUUAAAAAAAAAAAAGACAAUAGUUCUUUUUCAGUUCAGUUGUGUUUCAUUUUUGACAUUCUACCAGGUGUUUAUUCUACGGGUUCUACAAGCUAGUCAGUAGAUCCAGUCGGUUGCUUCAGAGGCAUUAGGUUUUGUAAGCGUUGCGGCAAUAAUACAACGAUGCGUUGACAGAAAAUGUACUUUUAAUACUGAAGUAUUUUUAAAAGCAAGUUAUUCAGUACUUAAGUAAAAAUUUGACUGGACAGCUUUCAUUUGGAUUGGAGUAACAUUUGACCAGUGGGAUCUGUACUUUGACUCAAGUAAUGAAUUUGGGUACUUUGUCCAGCUCUGAUGAAAACGCACAGGUUUGACUCAGCAGCUCCGCUGUGGCCAAAACCAAACCCGUCUGCGAGCAGAAUAUGACUGAAAGCUUAACGUUGUGUUGGUAGUCAGUUACAUCAGUCACAACUUGUUAAUAUCUGUGGCCAGGAAAUUAAAUUCAACAGCUAACCAACUACACAAGUAAAAGCUCCGGUGUGCUGCCUUGGAUAUUUUGGUUGCUUGGAAACUGACAGAUUCAUCUCUUUGCCUAGAGGAUGAGGGAAUAAACAUGGACACACUCAACUGGACGCCCAACAUCACACAUACAAAUGGCCAAUCAAACACCAGCACCAGCCGCUUUGCCAGCUGGGUUACAUUUGAUGAUGAUAAUGAUGAUGAUGAUGCAGAGGAGCAAACCUACCGGCAUGCCCCCAAACCAUCCAACAGGCCUGGCAACCUGAAUAAUCUUCAUUUACAGGACUCCAACAGCAACUUGAUUGCGUCCUCCAUCCAAAACCAGAGUACGGAGCGACACAUUCUGGAUUUAACCCCAGAUGGAACGGAUUCGGUGUUCGUCUUCGAAGGCCCACUGUUAAAUAGCAGCACUCUUUACACCAAGAAGAAUCCCUUUCUGCAUGAGGAUUUUUCAAACAUCCAGCCUUCUUCUAUUAACCCUUUCAGUGCCUAUUUUAAUAAGACUCCAUUGACAUCAUCUGACAGCCAUGAAACCCAGGAGACACCUCCUCCUGCCUUCUUGUUCAAUUCCCCUGUUCCUAAACCUGACACCCAAAGGGACUCCUUCCUGUUCUUUUCCACUGCAGGGAGCUUAGAUAGUGGGAGUGGGAGUGGGACUGGUACUUAUUCCUCAGGUCUCCCAGGAGAUGCCCUGGAUCAGUUCAAAAGCAUGCAGAUCUCUGAUCCUGACCAGGAGCCUUCCCUACCAGAUGACACCGCGGAUGCAGGGGAUGACGAGGAGAUCCCAUAUGAACCGGUUCACAUGGCUCCCCAAGAUGGCUGGCCUAUGCUUCUGCGCAUUCCUGAGAAGAAGAACAUCAUGUCCUCUCGACACUGGGGGCCGAUCUUCGUAAGACUCAGCAAUGCUGGUCAGCUGAGGCUCUACUAUGAGAAAGGCCUAGAGAAACACUUUAAGGAGUUCCAGCUCAGUGCCCAGCUUGAGAUCUCUGAACACAAAAUGCAACACUAUGAAGAGAACAGCCGUGUCCAUACACUCAGCUUGGACCAAGUGGUAUACAAGGAGAAGCGCAAGAUCCAACCAAAAGUCACCAUGGUUCACAUGCCUGUGAAGGAGCAACUGGUCAAGCUUGGGACUACGGACUACCAGGAUUUUCUCAGCUUCAGGUACGCUCUGCAGGAAAAGCUGGUGAUGAUGUCAUCAGAUGUGGACUCCAUCAACUCGCCUGUGCCUUACUCCGAAGAAGAGAUUCAGGUUGAAGUUGUAGAUAGCUUUUAUGGGAUUCUAUCCAACGGAGAUAACCGUAUUAGACGACAGCUGGUAACGACUCAGAUUUCUGUGCUUGCCUUUUUAAUGGGCUCACCCACCUGUCGCAUAGGCCUCAACGAUGUCCAGGUGAAAGGCAAAGAGGUGGUGUCUCGGCAUGACAUCAUCCCUAACACUACUGCACGCUGGAUCUGUCUGCAUGAUUGUCGGCUGCACAAGUGUGUAGACAAACCUGAGUUUACAGAAUCCAGGACCAUUUCCUUUGAGCCCCCAUCUGGACGGAGGUUUGAGCUGCUGCGUUUUCGGACAGUGUACGCGGAGAAGACUCUGCCCUUCACCCUGAGAACGGUUGUCAGUGUUCGUGGUGCGGAGGUGGAGUUACAGUCAUGGCUAGUGAUGUCAGCAGGCGUCUCAUUCAAUCGAGACCCUCUAACGCUGAUACCAUGCGAAAACGUGGCUAUCCGUUACCCCAUUCCUGAUAUAUGGGUCAAGAACUUCCGCAGAGAGAGUGUGACGGGAGAAAAGUCCUUGAAGGCACGCAUUAAUAAAGGAGCCAGCUUUGGUUCCACUAGCAUCUCAGGGUCAGAACCAGCUAUGCGUGUUACUCUGGGCACUGCAAAGUAUGAACAAGCCUUCAGAUCUGUGGUGUGGAGAAUCGGCCGUCUGCCAGACAAAAACUCAGCAUUUGGUCACCCUCACACCUUCUUCUGCCGUUUGGAGCUGGGCUCGGACUGGGAGGUGCCACCCAAGUUCCAGAGCAUGUUGGAGGUGGAGUUCGACACGCCUGCCGCUUCGGCCUCGAAGACCACCGUCCGCUCUCUGUCUGUCCGAGACAGGGCCGAGCUAAAGAAGUGGAUCACGUACAAAGCACACUACUCCUACCAGGUGGAGAUGGAGCAGAAGAGCAAGGGAACGGAGCAGGAGCAGGCGGGCCGGUGCGCUCAGCAGUGAUGAGGGAGCGCUCCUUUCGCCUACGCCUUUCUCGGGUUAACAGUUGCACUUUGAACGAUGGAAAACACUGAACUAUGACGUUAAAAUAAAGCGGACAGCGUGGGAUUUUUGAGAUGAGGAUUUUUCGACAUAUUUAGUCGAGAUGACUUUAUGAAAAACUUGGAACUGGGACGAGUUACAAAACUCUGAUUCAAACCGUAGUUUCAGGAUAAACUAACCUUUCAAGACAAGCAAGUCCAGUUCUUUCUCAAAAGCAAAAUAUACACGUCGGACAGUAUACAGUACUGUACAAAAAUCUUGGCACCCUACCUAUAUAUAGUUUUCGGUCUAAAUUUAGAUGCUCUUGAAUGCAUUAGGCUUAAAAUUGAGCAUGCAGGUUUAUUCGUGGGGGGAAAUCAAUCAGUGUUCGAUAACGUUUGUUUGUGUUUUAAAGUGCCAUUCCACCAUUGGCUGUAUUCUUUGGCAUAAAAUACAAUAUAUUUUGACAACAUAUAUAAAUGGUAUCACUAGAC